ACACAAGCCGUACAGACGACGACCCAGCUCACAGCUAGCCCCUCACGUCUUAAACGUACAGAUCCUUGACGUUGGCUUGAGAACUAUAAUUUUUCCAAUUAGAGAACCUUGCAGACAUUACUGAUGUAAACACACUGCAUCGAUCACAAGAGCAAGACAUGGGGAUCUUAAACAGGUCUUUGAAGUGCUGAAGUAUCUGGAUCAACAGGAAUGGCUAACUUAAAUCCUGACGAAUCAAAUUCUGAUAUCUCGGCGCCAUCAUGCAGCGAAGAUACGCGAGAUGACAAUCCAUCGGAAACCCUCUCUGACCUGGAACUCAAUUUGAUCUCGCAAAAAGUCCCCCGACAUCGCUGGGAAGAGUUGGGCCUCCGUCUUGGGUUCGAUGGUGUGCAACUCGAAUGCAUCCGUCAUAACAAUAAACAUGAACCACCGCAGAGGGCGAUAUAUGACAUGUUGCAUCAAUGGCGACGGAAUCACACAGGGGAGACGCUGCGAGAGGCGCUGUUGCAAGCCCUACUUGAUACACGGUUAAAGGAAAUUGCAGAAACUAUAGACGAUGGAUUUGUCACGUCACACUCACUCGAUUUGGAUUUGGAGCAGUUAAGAAAGGAACUGGUCAAUUUCUACCUCUCAGACAUGUGCAAGAUCAAGUUUAUCCCUUGGGAUGAAGAAUCUUAUGUUGAUCUCCAAAAGUUCUAUGUCCGGUUGUCCCUCGUCAUGCAGAAUGCAAGCACCUUUCUGAACGGACCGAAGACCCUCCGACCCCUUCAAGAUUCCCAUGACGGCAUCUUUUCUUCUAGUAAUAGCAACGAUCGGCAACCGAUGAGGUUGCUUUUAGAGGGUGAAGCAGGUAUAGGAAAAACAACUUUAGUUGCUAAAUUGGCCUAUGAUUGGGCAAUAAAAACUGAUUCUUCGCCGCUGAAAGACAUCCCAUUGUUCCUUGCAAUCCCGUUCAGAAAGUGGAAUCCUGAAUGGUCCAUUGGUAAUGCUGUCCGUAAGUGUCUCCUUGCUUCGGACAGUAAAAUAACAGCCAGGCAGAUCGAUCACUACAUGAAAUCAAACCCUGGAGCCGCAAAGGUUGUCCUAGAAGGAUACGAUGAGGCUAAGUUCAGCAUUGCCGACGCAAAAGCAUCUGGUCGCAUUGGUUGCAUUCUUCGAAACGAGGAGCUGCGUGAAAGUCCGAUCUUAGUUACGACCAGACCUUGGAGAGUGGUGGAUUUCAAAAGCUGUCUCCGUACUUACACGAGGAUUGAAAUUGAAGGGUUUCAGAAAGAAGAAACGGACAAGUAUGUCAAGUUCUUUUUCAAGGAACAGGAUGAAAAGGCAGAGCAUGUCUUAAAGUAUAUUCGACAGCACCCUCUUGUAUCUGAGUUCCUGUCAGGAAUACCGUUAUUCACUGCUAUGCUCUGCGAGUUGACCAAUGAAAUCCAGACCACUGUUGACGACCUUGACGAAUUUGACACAUUGAGUGAUCUGUUCAGGUACUUCACGAGUUAUCUGUGGGGCCACUACGAUACGAAAUCAAAUACUUCAAGAUCUCAAGAAGAAAGUGAGAAGACUUUGACCAGAUUACUCUUGCAUCUAGGGAAAGUAGGUCUUGAUGGUCUAUUCAGUCCAGAGAAGAAAUUAUUGUUUGAUUCUUCGGAUUUCAUACUCUCAGAAGGACAAGAAGACGAAAAAUCAUACGAUCAAGAGGUAGAGGAAUUGGCUUGCAAGAUCGGCAUCCUCUCGAAGCAUCGACGGCAAGUGCAACUCAAGACAAAGUUAAGACAGAGAACUGUAACAAAGUCACAUGCUGUAUCAUUCUUCCACAAACUAAGCCAGGAAUACUGUGCGGGCGUUUAUUUGUCGCACUUAGCAAGAACAGACGAAAUGGCAUUCUUACAAUAUAUCCGACAAAUAUGCAGCCGUACCCAACUGUUAGAGUAUAAGAAUGUUCUGCUCUUUACCUGCGGAGAGGGAAUCCAUUCUGCUCGUUUGAUUCUUGAUCAUCUUAUUGCUCUACAAGAAAAGUGGGUGUACCUUUGGGACACCAAUAACAACACACCUGAUAUCGCUUUGCUGUGCAAUUUAGAGAGUAAAAGUGACGGUGAACUGAAUGCCCAGCUGAAGAGGUUCUUGCAGUCUAGUAACCUGAAAAUAUGGGUGUCACCGUUUCAGCAUGAGCCACACAUUGCUGUAGCAUACAAAUAUAUGCUGUCCUCUGGACAGUCCUUGCCAUUGGAGGAUUGUGACCUGAGCAUCUCUAAAAAGACAAACCUCCACAUCUUCUUUGACUUCAUGUCCUACAAGAAUGCAACCUCUCUUACUGGACUCAAGCUCGAUGUGGCACAUCUCAAAGAGGAAGACUAUCUGCGUUUAUUGACAUGUCUGCAAUCCUUCCACCAUCUCCGUAGGUUGUCAUUGUCAGUAAACGAAUCAACCCACGUCAGCAAGCUGAACAAAGCUCCGGGUUCAUGUAUCUAUUCAUCCGUCCAAGAUUUGACAUUACAAAAUCAUUCCACGGAUUCGCUGGCUGAAAAUCUAUCAUUUGCAUGUGAUCGAUUUCCGAAUGUUGAAGACCUCAAAAUUGAGGGGGCAUCAUUGGAAAUACAGCCGAAGACAACAAUGCAUGCUAUAAACCUUGCAUCAUUGAUGAGACUAUCCAUCAAGAACUUAACAUGUGAACAUUCGCGUAUGAGCAUAUUUUUCGACCUCAUUUCUCAAACUUGCCCAAUUCUCAAGGAAUUGAAAGUGAGCGUUGAAGACAAACUUAUUCAUCUAGAAACACAUGGUGGUGGAAAGAUCAUGGAACAGCUUAGAUGCUUAGGCCUAGACCUGAAGUACGUGUCCAAUCCACUCCCCUCCGACAACCUGAUGACCAUGAUUGCAUCAUACGCGCCAUUCCUGCAGGACCUCACACUUGAUACUUAUUUAGAAUUUAGACCUGUCAAGACGGCUGCGGAAGUGUCAGUAUCAUCAAUCAAUCAUAUGGUCGAACGUGCUACUCUGAGAGAUAUCUGCAAGAAUGAAGAAGACCUCAGGCAAAUCCUACUGUACAUUCCCAAUGUCAAGUCAUUGAAAAUUAUCCGUUGUGAGCCUUACCGCUAUAGCACCGGGAGCCUGACUACCGAAGUGCUUGCAAUGAAAGCGACACAACUAGAAGUGAAUUGUUCAGGUACAGAAUUCUCGGAUACGACAGCAAACCACCUAGUGAUGAUGAAUUGCGUGCAGAAUUCAGUAACUACCACCCUCUCUUUCCUUUCACCAUUUCAGAACCUAACCUCACUUUCUCUCGUCAAUCUUCCAUUCCGGACACUAAAUCUAGGAGGAUGUCCGAAAAUGCCGACCGUUCGUCACCUCCAGCUACUUGGAUUCUUUCUACAGUGCGCCAGGGGACUUCGACAGUUUUUCGACAGUUUCCCAAACCUGGUGUCAUGUCAAGUGCCAUUCUCUGUCAAUGAUGGGAUCAUUGGCGACUUGAGCGACUCAAUCCGCGAACGAAAUGAUCUCCGGCUUCUUGUCCUUGGGAUUGACUCUGGCAUCACGGAUAAUGUUGGAAAGGUAGUUGAAGCAAUCGCCAGCCUCCCAUCACUUGAACACCUCGUCUUCCGAGUUCAUUUGUUACAUGACACAUUGCUUCAAACGCUAGCCCUUGCUCUGCCUGUCUGGACCAAGCUGACUUUUCUUGGGGUACAUCCGUACCAGAUGAAGUUCCAAACUGAACCCGCCGGGCUUGAAGCAAUGGGUGCCUUUGCUGAUGCGUGUGUGAAUCACGACCAGUUGUCUACCAUUGAUCUUUCCUUGUUACAACUCACCAAAGAGGCGGCAUUGAAGGUGCUUGGGAUGGCGUCCUCUGCAUAUGGCUCGUCUGGACAGUUUUCGUUAAGGUUUACAGGACCCCAUCUGCCGUGUGACUGGGAGGUUUACAACGCAGUAGAUGUCGGCAGGGACACCGGUUAUGUCACAUUGGUACCACCCGACAAAAUGGUGAGAUAUGGGGAGUUUCAUGAUGGAGCCGGUCCGACGUUUUCAUCCAAUAUGUGCGGUGUUACCCUCGAAUCAACUGCCAAAGACGCCGUAUACUGGAGAUCCAUAGGCUGUCCUGAUCUAGAUGCCAUCUUUGGCGACCAAGAUGGCGCCAACAGAGACACCGAGAAAGAAGAUAAUGUCACUGUUUAAGCCUUUACUCAUGUUGGCUGUUCAAGACCUUCGCUCGAGGAAAUUGGUGUACAGAAGAGCACUCCCAUUCAGAAAUUGAACUAAAGCAAGUUGUACUUCUGCUAAUCUUGUCUCAAUACCCCCUAUUUUGAACAACUGUCAAUCAGGGUCUGUGUCCGCAGUGUAUAGGACCAUUCCGUUUUUGCAAGAUACAGUUCAAUUACGGAUCUCCUGUUAAAAUACCACAAAUGUAUAUAUAUAUAUAUUUAUAACAUCUUUUCGGACGAUCUCGUGCACCUCACAUUGUUUUGAUUGCACUUGAUAUACAUCCCAAAUCGUGGAAGUUUGCACUUUAAAUGUCCGGGACUUCUUGUAUUCAGAAGGCGAUUAGAUCUCACCUUCCCUAUUAUAGGGUUCCAAAUAUUUACCCCGAUGGUGCAAUAAAGCUUUUCAGGGUAAAACGUUGCACCCCAAAGUCAGCUUCCAUUUCGACAUUAUUUUGAAGAGUGAAAAAAAUAAAAGUGUGUACUAGCUUUGGCAAUAUCUAACAUGUAAGGCCAAUUUUCAAAGAAUAAGCGUCAUAGAAUUGAGUUUAGAAGUUACUAUAUGAGAUUUGCUAUUUGGUCUCAGUUGGAUAUACAUACUGCUCAAUUAGUUUUUUCAAAUAUAGGAUGAGGAAGAAGAAAAGUCUCAUCAAUAAGUCUCAUCAAAUGGAAACAAACGUUUGACUUUGACAACACUAUAAUGGAGGUUCUACUAUCAAAUACCUUUUUAUUCAACUGCAGAUGGCAACAUGAGGUGGUUUCAGUUUAAAAUAGUGAAUAGAAUUAUUUAUAUGAAAGAUGCUUUGUUAAGAUUUGAAUUAGUUACAAAUAACUUAUGUACUUUUUGUUAUAAUAAUAAAUUUUAUGCAUAUUUUUUGUUCUUGUGCCCGCACAAACGAAAUAUGGUCUGAAAUCGAAAUUUGGUUUUCUCGUAACAAUUUGCAUAUCAAAAUUUCAAACCAGAAUAAAACUAUUCCGAUUUUACGGAAACAAUAAUGGUGCUCUUAAUUGUAUUUUUAUAAUCGUUAGAAAGGAAAUUCUUGCAGCAAAAUGCAAACACUGUCUUCCAGUUUUCGACCAUAUUGUCUGAAAUAAAAUGUUAUUAUGGUAUGGAAAAGGAUAUAUAUAAAACAAAUCUAAAAGAGAAGGAAUUCAUAAAAAGGUGAUCAUCUUUUACUUUAUUACAUUAAGUCUCUCAGAUAUCAAUCUAAAAAGGAAUAUAUAUCUUUUAUGGAUUUUUUCUUUCCUUUGCACUUUGACUUUUCUUUGUUCUACAAAUGUUACGACAAUUUCAUGAAAUAUUGUAUUGUACAUAUUUUAAUUUUGUGUCAUAUACUAUCUUAAUUAUUCAAUUAUGUAUUGUCGAAAAAUAUGUAUUAUAGUGAUUUCAAUAAAGGAACCAUGUGGAAGGGUUAAAAAGAAGGGAAAAAAAGAAAAACCUUGUAAGUAAGUGUUUGUAUAUUAGGAGUAAUAUUUUGUAAUCAUUGCAAUGCCCGGAAGUCAGUCUUCCUAUAGUCAGUGCUAUAGUGUAAUUCUUGUAGUAUCGGUGUUAUGUAUUUGAUGUUAUGUUGACUUGCAAAUGUUUCUGUAUACAUAUUUCUGAAAUUAUUAAAAAUGUCUACGUACUUAUUUAUUUCCUAUAUUGAUAUGUAUAAGUUGUAUAUUCCCUUUGCACCCACUGAACGUCAUUAAGUGCAUGUUUUAUCGAUUGAAUGUAGUGAAAACACCUUGUUGGGUAGGUCCAUGGUAUGAUUUAGGGUCCAAACCGUGAAAAUCUUGACCAUGUGUCGUAAUUUUUGUCUAUCAUGUCUAUAGUUUGAUAAAAAGCGCCCUGAAUCGUUCGCUGUAUUUUUACUGACUGAAGGCUAAAGUUAUUUUAAUUAUCCUCUACAAACGUCCCUUUCAUAUGAUGAGUAUCCAUGUCAUGAGUUUGGAAAUAUUGUCGGUCUAUAUUUAGUGCUCCAAAUGCCAAGAUGCCAAGUUUCACCUUUGAAAAUUUCUCCUACGACAUUACGUCCUCUCGUAUUUUUUUGAUGGACGGCGGUGCCCUUAAAACACAACCCCCCACGUUGUACAUACAGCAGAAAAAUAAUCUUGAGAAAAUAAAACCCUGAAGAGUACGUAAGAUUAUUUCAAAACAUAUAGUUCAACUACUAAUACACCUUUUAAGUUUUUAAACUCUUGAGGAGAGUGGACUUGCACUAAAUCAUUUUCGUAUCGUGUAUAUCUGUCAGACAGGGUUUCUUUUAAAAAAUAUCACCCUAACAUCUCAUUUCGCCGUAUUUUAGUUCCUUAUAAUAAACAAAGGGUGCAAACUUUUAUCAUCAAUUUUAGCCUUUUUUUUUAAUGUACAUAAUAUAUCUAUAGUAUAGACGAUCGGUGUUACAUGUAUUUUAUAUCAACUUAAUAAUAUUCCAUGUAUAUAUCUUUUUAAAGAAAGUUCAUGCAUUUAUUUGUUUUUUAGGAUUUUUUUGCAUUUUUAGCAUAAGCACUGUUGUUUUCAUUGUACGAUUUGCGUCUUGUUAUGAUGUUUCGGUAUCAAUAAAGACGAUUUUUAUUGAAUUGAGUAAUUCG